AUGAUGGAUGGUGGGGAGAGCAAGCAAGGUGGAGAUUCAGAUUUGUCCAGUUUAAUAGACAAGACGAUACUGAUUGAUAAAAGCAGUGAAAAGUUAAGAGAAUUCUAUAAGAAGCUGGUUCAAACAGACGCUAUGAUAAAGAAUCUAAAAAAUGAGAAAUUUCACAAUCAAAACAAUAUGUUCAAUGAUAAUUACGAAAAUAGGGAGCCAGAUCGUUUUAAGCGAUCACUUAAAGUUUAUCACUAUCCCAGGAGACGCCAAGCCAGGAGAAAAAGAAGAGACAACCUUUAUCGAACAAAUGAUCUUGCUAACGAGCCAAUUAAGAAUAAAUCACGCUUAAAACGAUUCGGCAACGAAACUGGUGAUCCAACAGCGUUUGUCAUUGAAAAGAAAAAGUUGAUAGUCCAGUACAAGCCUUUAUACUUAAAAAAAUUAGUACCAAAAUGCUCGCACGUACCAAAAGAACAUCAAGCUCACCACGAACAUCAGUUAAAACAUCCAUUUUAUCAAAACACACAAAGGCUAGAUGAACUACUAGACAGAUUUCUCAAUAAAAACUUACCAGAAAUCGUAUCAGAUCCGUUUGGGUUGGAUGCUCUAUUUCAACGAGAGAAAAAUAAGUGCAAACAUCCAAUUCCUACUAAAAACGUAGAUAUAGUAAACAUAGAUUUGAAAGGAGAAGAAGUGCGCGUAAAACAGAACAAGAUGCAGAAUAAAGCUUUUAAAGGCAAAUCAGCUCAUAACAAUAUGUUAACAAGCACCUUACAUUAUGAACUAAGUUCACCAACUAUUGCUAGUGUACAAAGAGCUAAAAUUAAAAAUAAACAAGACAAGAAGGUCGUAAGCAAGAAUACUAAAUCUCCAGAAGAUUUAUUGAAAGAAAAGAAGAAGUUAUUCACAUACAGUACACCGGAUAUAUUGAAAUUACUGGAUCACGAAUUGUCGACACCCUUCGAACGCAAAUUUUACAUACACGAAGCUGAAAUGAUAAAUAAGGAGGAUGUUACUCUGGUGACUGCUAGUCCAAGUGAUUUUGAAUUAUUGCUUAGCGUGUCUACUUUAAUGAAUCCAGAAGUAGUGGAAGAAACUGCUCCUCUAUCCAGCUCCGAAAUUCCUCUCAUAAAUAGAGUACCAAAUAUACGACGCCUUCUGCAAGUGGAUGGAGAAGAAGAAGAAAACCUUGGAUAUGAGGACUUUAAAGAAGUCUUAACUGAUAACAUGGAGAAUCAAGAUGAUAUUGAGGGAAGAGGAGAGCGGAAGAAACGUGAUUAUGAUGCAGAAGACGAAGUGACUGAGAUUUCGUUUACGAAAUUGGGAAUCAAGCUGAAUGAGCCAAUGGAAGGGAAAGACCCAAUGUCCGAAGUAACUGUUGCAGGCGAUUGGAGUAGCGUUAUGGAUGAUGCAACACCCCAAACUUUCAUCAAGGAUGUGUAUCAGAAGGAGAAUAAGUUAAAUCUACCCUCCAAUAACGUCAAUAACCCAAACUGGAAGGGCCCCAUGCCGCUGUACCCUGAUGAACUGAGUUCCAUGCUCAAAGAAAAAUCUUUGGACAUAAGCAAGGAAAAUAUAUUGAGUACAGAGAGCCGAAGAAUGGAAACAAAACCACCACUAGAAAAAUCGAAAAGAAAACGAUCCGAUAUAGAAUAUGUAGAGGAUUAUUUAGACGACAAAUACGAUAGAUUGGUGGAAAUGGCUCAAGCUUACAGUGAUUAUGGAGUACUGGAAGACAAAAAGGAGAACAUCAGGAAUGACAAGCAUCCAGCGACAAAUAAUAAACUGUCAGGUGAUAGAGUGAAAAUGUCUGCUGACAGGACGUUUCGUGGCGGUGAUAUUGUGGCCAUAGAUAAAGAUACGGGAGCUGUUUUCUACCCUUUCUGUAUUCACAGUAAGGAUAAAACGUCAACGACAGGUCUCUCUAGUGGCAUAUUCAGAAUAUUAGCAGAUGAUCAGACCUCAACGACAGUCGUUACCAAACCCACAUCAGAGGGUUUCAGAGUGGAGAUACGGCCCUCACAGACUAGAAAAGAUAGUUUAGUAUCAAAGCUAAUACAAUCGCACAUUAAACUUGACGCACCAGAAAAGAAAAUUGAAGAAGUAACAAAGACUAAAUACACUCCUGUAUCGAUAUUUCCAAAAACACAAUUACUUUAUAGCCCCAAAUUUAAGAUAAACUCCCUUGAAGAAGUACUUAAUAAGAAAAUGCCGUCGCGAGAUGAAAUGCCAAAUACAAUUUUCAGUAAUAUUAAAAAAAGAUCUCUAUUGUCUACUUUAUUAAAGGGAUCUGAUUAUGAUAUUCUUCAAAAUAAGGAAAAACCCCUUGACGACAACAUUUCAGACGAUGAUCAAAAUAUCAACAUCAUAGAACUCGAUGACACAGAUAUUAUAGAAAAUUCUAAGAUCGACAAUAAAAGAGCUAAUGAAAUAUCAAACGCAAACGCUUUCAGAAAACUGUUUAAAGAGAAAAACCUCUUUUUAAAAAACUUGGUAUCAAAAUACAUUCAUAAUGGUGACUAUAGUAAUUCAGACCGUGACAUGGUUCUUUUGAGUCUUGAUAGACAAGGUUCUACUCCAAGUACUCAGGCAAACAUAAUGAAUGAUGUGUCACAAUUAACCAAGAAUUAUGUAUGGCUUUUUAGCACUCCUUACCUGUAUAGUCAAUCAAAAGAAGAACAAAUAACGUUAUCACCAAUGAAAAAUAUUGCUGAAUCACGUCUGAGGCUUUUGGAAUUAAACUCAAAGAACACCAGUAACUCGGAACAUAGACAUGAAAUCUUAGACCAGUUAAAAAAAUUAAACUCAAGCGAUGUAGCAGUAUCAAUGGAAGAUACAAGAUUUAAACCAAUAACCAUUGACUUAAACAAUUUUCAAAAACAAAUGUAUAUGACUUUAAAACAUCCUAUCGUUAAAGAAAACGCUAAAGCUGAGUUUGAAAUGCCUUACCUCAUAAAUUACAGUGAUUUAACUCAUGAUCAUUACAAAUUUGAUGAACUAAACACUGUUACUCCUAGUAUGAUACCAGAAACCAGUCCGAAUGUUGUAGAUGCUUUUCAAUUAGUCAAAAGAAUUAAAAGAUUCAAAAGAAAUGUUGGAACUGCUAAAGCUAUGCUUGAGAAAUCUAAUGUAACUAUUAAUGAAUCCCCUUUGGGUUUAACUGAAGUUAAUAAACAUACUUCAGUAAAUGACACACAAGGAAUAGCGAAUAGCUCCGUUAGUGAAAACUUCAAUUCUAAACAUAAUAUUACAACAAAUAAUAUAACUAUAAGUGAUUUUUUUAUGAUGAUAUCGAAUUGGUUCAAAAUGUUGGAAGGCAUCAAAGUACAUCAAAACAAGUCAAGGCUCAAUCCUGGCUGUGAUUUACCUGAACUGUUGCUGCAACUCAAUACUAAAGCCAACAAAAGCAAAUAUGAAAACCGAAGUAGUACUACAGACUCUGUUUAUCCUUUUUAUGAUUCGGAGAUUAUUGAUAAUAUAGGUCAUAGAUCUAGAGUUCUUCUUUCAAUACAAGAAGAGAAUACAACCGAGAGUGCAAGAAGAAUCAGUAUAGAUGAUAAUAAAGAAGUUAUUGAAGAAAAGGCCAACGUGACUGGUACGGAAAAUAAUACAUCAGCUGCUACAGCCACCAUAACGCAAUACAUCAGUGUAAAUAAAUCCACUCAAGAAGAUCAGAUACAUACAGACACAACCUCCGAUGUACCAAAACGAGAUAAUAAUACAAGCAAUAAAGUGAAGCGUAACGCAGAUGAUAGUAACUUAAUAUCCUGGAACGACAUAUAUGAUGAUGAAUACGGGAUACAAACUGAUAAUUUUAAUAAUGUUAGAGAUAAAUACUCUAAAGAACACGAUUUUAUAAAGAGAUCUGGUAGAUGGGUGCAGGACAAGUUUAAAAAAAUAGCCCAAAAUCUAAAGGGUCGCAUUCCUGAAAAGGUAGUGAAGAGAAGCACUUUAGGAACUGUGGAAAAUGUUGGUUUAGUAAAGAAACUAAAGGACCUUUAUCGUAAAAGCAAAAGACAGUCGGAAGAAGAAGAAUACGACACAAACCAGAAGACUGUAUUCAACACGUUGGAGAAUAAUAUGAUAGCAGUGUGCAGAAAGGCGGCCAACGCUGUUAAGCAGACUAGAAAUGCAGAAACGAAAGAAGAAACAUCCCAAGGAACUUUAGCUGCAACAUUGAUGCAGCAACUGGUUCGUCUCCUUACAGACCUAGUAGACUACCAAGUCGAGCAGAAAACCUGUUGUCAGCUUCCACCAGAUUUGAAAGUAUUCCUGGAGUGGCUCACAAAACCUGAAGAAGAACAGAAAGAGGAACGAGUCGCCUCAAGUCUCACUAACGAGAAACCUGAAUACCUUAUAUCCAAGAUUUCCACUCCUACUUAUUCAAGAGUGGAUACCAUCGACGAAUUAACUAAAGGCAAGGCUGUGAACAAUCUUGGGCGACAGUCUCUCCUCAUCAGGCAAAAAAUAACAUUAUAUUUCAUUCCAUUAGAGAAACCUGUGGAAUAUACCACCAGUACGGAAAAUGUCCCCAUAGGAUUUAAGGAGAGUGACUUGAGGACACAGUAUUUGGAAACGAUACACUCCCUUCAGGAACUUCUGGACCGAUACGAGGAGAUGAGUGACGAGGAAAAGAGCAAAAUGACAGGCGUUAAGUUUUAUUUGCAAAAUCAACUCCACCGUCUCCACUAUCAAAUAAGCGGAUUCGAUUUAUAUAAUUUAUACGAGAAAUCUAGCAUACCGAUCCGGUAUAAAAGAGGCCUUCAACCACGAAGCAUCAAAAGCCGACGCAAAAGAAAACAUUACAAAUUUGUCAGAAACUUUGGCAAGAAACACACUAGAACCACAGCUAGCUACUAUGAUGGUAUACCGAUUCCAGAAAAGAAGAAGAAAAAAAAGAAUUUAGAAUCACGUAACGAAAAACAACAUGGCAGGAAAAGAUUUAAAAUGACUGUCCCUAGGAGGAAUGAAAGAAAUUUGAAAGAUAUUUAUUAUAAAGCUGUAGCCGAAGCUAAAAAAUAUUCGACUGCUUUAGCCAAAAAUGGUCAUAAUAAGCAUCAAGAAGUAGAUUAUACUGGUACUACCCGUGUAGAGAAAUAA